CAGAAGAUGACAGCCCCAAAGCCCUGCCUGUGUUAGGGGAGCUGUCGGACUCUGAUAAUGACAUCAACGAGUCGGUGUUCAUCUGGGGAAUCUCAGACAAAGCAGCGCAGAGGAAAACCAUCUCUGCUGAUGAAGGUUUGUUUCACUUGCAGCAGGAGGAGCAGCCCCAGUGCCAGCAGCGAUCGGAGCCCGUGAACAGGCUGGGAAGAGGUAGCGGGAGGCUGCAGCUGCCACAUAGGCUACCCUUGAAAGACAGGCAUUUCACUUGCAGCAAAAUAAUAGGAAGGAGGUUUGCUUGCUUUGCGCAGAGGCUGAGCCACAGGAGAAAGCAAAGCCAAUGUGAUUUAUUGAAUGAAAGCACUGGACAAUUACCAACAACUUGCUCCUCUGCUGCCUCAAACAACCUAAACUGGAACUGCUGCGUGAAAAUGACCCAACAAAUGCAGAAUUUGCAUCUUUCUCAAUCAAAAAAACAUAGUGCCCCGUCGUCUCCCAAUGCUGCCAAACGCCUGUACAGGAACCUCUCUGAAAAACUGAAGGGGAGCCACUCUUCAUUUGAUGAGGCCUAUUUUAGAACAAGGACUGACCGGCUGAGUCUCAGGAAGACCUCAGUGAACUUCCAGGGCAAUGAAGCCAUGUUUGAAGCAGUUGAACAGCAGGACAUGGAUGCUGUGCAGGUCCUUCUGUAUCAGUACACUCUAGAAGAACUAGAUCUCAACACGCCUAAUAGUGAAGGGUUGACGCCUCUGGAUAUUGCCAUCAUGACCAACAAUGUGCCCAUUGCUAGGAUUCUUCUGAGGACAGGGGCCCGAGAAAGUCCACACUUUGUCAGCCUGGAAAGCAGAGCGAUGCACCUCAACACACUGGUGCAGGAAGCCCAGGAGAGGGUGAGUGAAUUGGCUGCUCAUGUGGAGAAUGAAGGAUUCAGUCUGGACAACACUGAGAGAGAGAAACAGCUGAAAGCUUGGGAGUGGAGGUAUCGGCUCUACAGACGCAUGAAAACAGGCUUUGAACACGCCAGAGCCCCCGAGGUGCCAACCAAUGCCUGUCUCAUGGUAACCAGCAGUACAUCACUCACUGUCAGCUUUCAAGAGCCUCUUAGUGUCAACGCAGCUGUAGUAACCAGAUAUAAAGUGGAAUGGAGUAUGUCGAAAGACUUUUGUCCUUUGGCUGGAGAAAUCAUCAUGGAAAACCUGCAGACCCUGAGAUGCACAAUCACAGGACUUACAAUGGGGCAACAGUAUUUUGUUCAAGUCUCGGCAUAUAACAUGAAAGGAUGGGGACCUGCUCAGACCACAACACCAGCAUGUGCCUCGCCUUCUAACUGGAAAGACUAUGACGACAGAGAGCCCAGACACAAGGGACAGAGUGAAGUUUUGGAAGGUCUGCUGCAGCAGGUCCGAGCCCUUCAUCAGCAGUAUAGCUGCCGGGAAAGUUCAAAAUUACAAACCACAGGCCGCAAGCAGUCAGUCUCAAGGAGCCUGAAACACCUAUUCCAUUCCUCAAACAAGUUCGUGAAGACCUUAAAACGGGGACUCUACAUAGCCGUUAUAUUUUAUUACAAAGACAAUAUGUUAGUCACCAAUGAAGAUCAAAUACCAAUUGUUGAAAUAGAUGACUCUCACACCAGUUCCGUUACACAAGAUUUUCUGUGGUUCACAAAGCUGUCUUGUAUGUGGGAAGAUAUAAGGUGGUUGAGGCAAAGUGUACCUAUCUCCAUGUCCUCAUCCACAGUACUGCAAACUCGGCAGAAGAUGCUCGCAGCAACAGCCCAACUACAGAAUUUACUUGGAACACACAACUUGGGAAGAGUUUACUAUGAGCCCAUUAAAGACAGACAUGGAAACAUCCUAAUAGUCACCAUCAGAGAGGUGGAGAUGCUCUAUUCAUUUUUUAAUGGCAAAUGGAUGCAGAUCUCAAAGCUGCAAAGCCAAAGGAAGUCUUUGUCAACACCUGAGGAGCCAACAGCCUUAGACAUUUUACUGAUAACCAUCCAGGAUAUUCUCUCCUAUCACAAAAGGAGUCAUCAGCGUCUCUCUCCUGGAUUAUAUCUGGGUUACCUGAAGCUGUGUAGUUCUGUGGACCAGAUCAAAGUACUUGUUACCCAAAAGUUGCCCAAUAUUCUCUGUCAUGUAAAGAUCCGUGAAAACAGUAACAUUUCCAAAGAAGAGUGGGAAUGGGUCCAAAAGCUUUCUGGCUCUGAAUCCAUGGAAAGUGUGGAUCAUACUUCUGACUGCCCCAUGCAAUUGUUCUUCUAUGAGCUCCAGAUGGCAGUGAAAGCUCUCCUUAAGCAGAUCAAUAUACCUCUACACCAGGCAAGGAACUUCCGCCUCUACACACAGGAGGUGUUGGAAAUGGGUCACAAUGUGUCCUUUCUUCUCCUGCUCCCUGCCUCAGACGACGUCUGUACAGCCCCAGGACAGAAUAAUCCUUACACCCCACACUCAGGGUUUCUUAACCUCCCUCUUCAGAUGUUUGAACUUGUUCAUUUUUGCAGCUACAGGGAGAAAUUUAUUAGUCUGUAUUGCCGCCUCUCUGCUGUUGUGGAGCUGGAUUCUCUGAAUACCCAACAAUCCCUGAGGGAAGCAAUCUCAGACAGUGAGGUUGCAGCGGCCAAACAAAGACACCAGCAAGUUUUAGAUUUCAUUCAGCAAAUAGAUGAAGUUUGGCGUGAAAUGAGAUGGAUCAUGGAUGCUCUACAGUAUGCAAGAUACAAACAACCAGUUUCUGGCUUAUCCAUCAUUAAGCUGAUAGACCCCUCAGAUGAGCAGAACCUAAAGAAAAUCAACUCCACAUCCUCACAUAUAGACUGCCUUCCAUCACCAUCACCAUCCCCAGAGAUGCACAGAAGAAAGGCAGUGAGUGAUUCACAGCCCUGCUCUGAUGAAGAAGGCUGCUCAGAAGUCUUCCUCCCCACCGACAGCGACUAUGACUCCAGUGACGCCCUGAGCCCCCGAGACUUGGACUUGGUCUACCUGUCCUCGCAUGACAUCGCGCAGCAAGCGCUAAGUGGCCUAAGCGGCAGUGCGCCCGACGUCCUGCAGGUGCACGACAUGAAGGCUCCGUCGGGGCCGAGCCAGGACCCCCAGGGGCGGGUCCCGGGGACGGAGCCCGAGCACUCGUGCGCCGAGUUCCUCCACAGCCUGAACCUCACAGGCUUCGCGCCCAAGAACCACGCCAAGAUGGCGCCGGGCGCGCGGCCGCCGCUGGGCUUCCUGGGAAAGCGGAAGCCAACCAAGCACCAGCACUAUGGCGGCUUCAGCCGCCACCACCGCUGGCUGAGCAUGCACAGCGAGACGCAGUCGCUGUCCGUGUCCGAGGGCGUUUAUACGCAGCACCUGUCUCGGUCCUGCGGCCCAGACCAAGAGCCCAAGGAGGCCGAGCAGCUCGGACCUGUGUACGAGGGUACCCGGGGCCUGACUCUGGCCCACUCGGCGAGCCUCCCUGAGGAGCGGAAGAGCGGCCCCCAGGACCCGAGACCUUCCGUCCGCCGCAUCUACGUGGAGCCCUACCCGCCAGCCCUCGUGGCAGGAAAGCCCUGGGCCGGCGUGAGUCCGCCCCCUGGAGGCCGCUCGAGCCUGCCCAGCCCUGGCCGCCCGGAGAUGAGCCCUGAGGGCCCGCCCACGUCGCCGGGGUCAGAAAUACUAAGCAGCAUGCUUUAGGGAGGCCCACAAGUGGCUGUCCACACGCCCCCGCAUUUUCCAUCACCCUACCCAGCCUGCCCCCGCAGUGGCUCCAUCCACUUUCAAAUGGUUUGAAUGUUAAAAAUCCAAAGGUUACCCGUUCAAAGCCCUCUAUUUUAGGGUAGACUUGGGCUCGAGGCGAGAGUUGCCAGUGUCAUUCCCACUUCAGCCUACAAAGGAUAUAGAGGAGCUUUUGUGUCAACAUGGAAUCCUAGACACAGUGGUUCAAACAUUGCCACCCUGCUGGUCACACCUGUGGCUGAGGUAGGGCAACCCAAAGAGCCACACUCAGUUCUGCAUGGCUCUUUCAUGAAUCUGUGAUCGGUGGGGGAAGAGAUGCCCAUUGUUUUUCCCUCCAUCCCAAACCUUUAGAAGAGUUUGGGGGAAAGAAAUUCAGGUGGUGUGUUUAGGGCACAGGGUCAAGUAGACUUGGCCUGGGUUCCCUGUCAGUUAAACCAAGUCAUUCCAAGUGCAGGGUUCUCAGCCGCUUGUCAAAUCCAACUUAUCCAUCAGCACUGAUUUGAUUUAAGCAGGCCUUGGACAGGACUUUUCUUCACUUAGUGCUGUGUGGAAACGACCAGAAACUAAAACAGAGGAUGCUUCUAUCUAGUUCUGUCUUGCAAAAAUAGAACAGGGCAGGAAGCAGACCUUCCUGCACACUCAGCCAACAUUCGAGCAUGAAAAUGGGUUGUAUAUUGUUCAAGGGUGCAAGGAGAUGGCUGAAUUAAAUGGAAGCCUGGGUUAUAAAGAAGACAAGGGAAGGGAGAGAGACAUGAGCAAAAAUUUAUUUCUUAAAGUAGGUAAGUCCCUGGGGCUGUGCCUCUGAAAAUGGUAGUGGACCUGCUUCAGAUUCUUAGAUGAUGAAAUUAUCAUUGAACAAGAAAAGUGCCCAGCAGAUAUGGCCAGGCAGUGAUGCAGUCCUUACAGCCACACAGGCACAUUUGCCCACCCCCACAUCACACAUCACAGAACAGACUGGCGAGGGCUUGGGCUGCUGUCUUCCCCUUUCCAAUCCAUCCAUUCCAAAGUUAGUUUUGCCCCAAAAUCAGCUGGCCCGUUGGCCUCGGGAAAAUCCUUCCUUAGAAGGCCCUGCCAGUGGUUCCAAGGCUGCCCUCAAAGACAUUUGAAAAUCCUGCUUUGGUCUCAUUACCUCCCACCUGCCCCUCUCACAAAUGAGAAACCCAAAUCAAAGAGAAAUCACGCUGCAUAUUCAAAAAAGGCAUGGGCGGUCUCUCAUUUCCGGAAACCAAGACCCAUUCAUUUCACCGAUACUCUAAAUGGUCCUUUUCUGCUUCACAGGCAUUUUGAUUAAAUACUGCUCUUUAUGCCCAACCUACCCCUGUCCUCACAGUUCUACCAUUCCCCCUCAUGGGAGUUCAUACAAAGUACCCUGUUCACAAUGUUAUUCUGAUCCCUUUCAUUUUGAAAACAUUUGAUUUAAACAUAAAUAAUUACCCUAAUGUAAAGGUACAGAUUUGGCCCAUGGCCUAUGAUCCUUAGAAAACUAAA